AUGGAAAUCAUCCUAUCUGAGUGUUUUUCUUGUUGCAAAGAAUGUGGUGUUCUGCCGCCUAACUUGGACUUGAGAUCUAUAUCAAGUCUUAAGUUGAAAUGUUCCACUUGUUGCUUUGAGGUGUUUGUUGAUGAACUCACUAGAGUGGGACAUGCACAUGCACUAAACGUUGAACUCCUCAGUCUAGAUAUAUCAAAUAGUGAUUUUACAAAAUAUAUAAAAAAUUCUGCAUUCAUACAUCUGCUGCGAUCAUGCCCAAAAUUAUGCGAACUUGAUAUAAGUCUAAAGUCUUUGAAGUUAAAUCCAGAGGACUUUGUGCUUAUGGAGGACCUCAGCAGUGUGGCUCGAACACUGAAAAUGCUUUGCACUUUGAAGUUUUGCCGUCUUAAAGGGUUGGAGUCUGAAAUGCAGUCUAUUAAGGUGUUCCUUGCGUGCUUUCUAGGAAUUGAGGAGGUUAUCGAUCAUUCUUCGACAUUGGAUUCCCUCGGAUGA